CGUUACGUGUUUAGAAGCAUUGAGAUAAUUUAGAAAUGGCCAUCCAGUGGCAUUUUUUGAUCAUUAUAAUUUUUAUGCAGGGCCGUAGUGUGACCAGGUGGUAUUUUGGGUUAUUUUAGAUUUUGCUAAGAUUUUAAGGAAGCGAUUUUUGGAUUGCGAUUAUAAUUGUUUUACGUAUUUUACGGAUUGUUUCUCAAACGUGAUUCUAAUUCGAUCCGUACACGUUUAGGAAUUUACUUUCAACAUGUUUCAAAUUCCUUUAGAUUAAUAUCAAUAGCUUGAUAGUGAUAAUUGAAUCAAGUAAGCGUCCUUUUACCAUUUCCCAGGAAGAUUAGUUUCUAAAUUUGACAGGACAAUGGCGCUGAGUAAUUUGAACGGUAGUAAAUGUUAGCGUCCCUUGAAAAAUGCGCGUCCAAAAGCGAGUAUAAAAGCGGCUGUGUUUACAGUAUCUGUUAGUUUUUUUUUUUUUUUUAGUUUAGUACCGUUGAGCAAAGGAGACGCAUUGCUUGCGCGGCGUGAUGCGGGAGCGAGAUAUGCAGUUGCUCAGGGAAGACAGUCAGCAGAGAUAAGCUACAAGCUUAGAGCGCUGUCCGCACGGGCCUGUCAUGCCAGUUGUGUUCAGUUUGAUUUACCAGUUCCCGAGUAACUUGCAGUACAUGUUACACUCUCGAUGCUGAGCCAGGAAGUUAUCCAUGGCAGUCUGAGAUAGAUAUGGAAGCCCAUAGGGGCCAUGUCAGAUGCAAGAUGCACGAUAUUAUCACAUGUAAGAUGCAAGAUGUCAGAUGCAAGAUGUCAGAUGCAAGAGGUCAGAUGCAAGAUGUCAGAUGCAAGAUGUCAGAUGCAAGAGGUCAGAUGCAAGAUGUCAGAUGCAAGAUGUCAGAUGCAGGAUGUCAGAUGCAAGAUGUCAGAUGCAAGAUGUCAGAUGCAAGAUGUCAGAUGCAAGAUGUCAGAUAUGAUAUGUGUACGAACAUGUGGAUCAUUUGGAGCCUUCCCUAGAAGAGUCAUUGCCAUGUCAUAUUAUCUGCCAGCAUUUGCUAAUGAACAGGGACUUUCCCGUAUCUUUUUGUCUUGUAAUUGUUUUUCUUUAAUAUUUUGCAUUGUAUAGGCGCUGAAAAUUGCUUUCCUUGACAGCAGUUGGUAGGAAAUGAUCUUGUUAAGAAGUACUUUCAUUUAGGUUUUGAAUACAAGGAAAUGUUAGCUCUAUUGUAUGUCCAUCAUGGCGAGACCCUGAGCCUCCGACAUUUGAAACGACUUCUACAUAAGAUGAACCUUAAGAGGAGGGAAGGGGUACCUGACCUCGCAACAGUCAUAGGCAUGAUAGAGGUAAGGAGAUGCACAAACUAAAAAAAAUAUAGCCUCUAAGCUUGGCCUUGAUGUUUUUUUUUAUCUAAAAUUAGCUAUUUUGCACCCUUUGAGAUAUGUCUGCGAAAACCUACCUGAGAUCAUGUACAAAGAACAAUGCAAUAUGGAAUCCUUCGUUUAAUAACAUUAUAUAUUUAUCUAUACAGAAUGAGCUAUUCGGAAGUGGAAACUGCAUUGGUUACAGACAAAUGCACCAGAGACUGCGAAAUGAUUACCAUCUACAAAUUAAUAGGUAUGUACAGCAAUUGCGCACCGUAAAAAUAAGCACUAAAAUUAGUAACAAAAUUUGAAAGAUGUUAUCCAUGCACUUUCAGAGAAACUGUACGGAUUGCGUUGAGAACGCUUGACCCAGAAGGUACAGAACGCAGGAAAUCUCACAGACUGUGAGACUGUGACCUACCGCUCGCAAGGUCCGAACUACUGUUGGCAUAUAGAUGGGUACGAUAAGCUGAAGCCGUUUGGAUUUUGCAUCCAUGGUUGCAUUGACGGGUACUCCAGACGAAUUAUGUGGCUGAGGGUGGCAUCAUCUAACAACGACCCCGCUAUAGUGGCCGACUACUUCGCUGGUUGCAUUAGAAUGAUUAAAGGAGUGCCGAGGCGCAUUAGAGCUGAUAAUGGAACAGAAAAUGUUAACAUUGAGGUGAUGCAAGUAUUCCUUCAUUUUGGUCUGAACGACGAAGCAGCAGUUAGCAAUUUUCAGUACGGAACAUCGGUUGCAAAUCAGCGAUCCUGGCAACAAAUGUGGCGAUAUGGAAACCUACCGUUCAGUCAAGUACCUAUCGUUCAGACUCGAAAGGCGAUGGUCUCUCAAACCAUGCCGUGGAUGGGAACAGAAGCGGAAAUUAUUAUCAAAAAUCGUGUUCAUCGACUACAGCUCAAACAAAUCCGUGGUGGAGGGUCGACUUGCAAAAAAGCCACGAAAAAUCUACGUCUCUUUGUUGUGAAUAGAGCCGACUGUUGUGGCGAGCGACUCGACAACUUUGAGAUACGCAUCGGCGAUAGCCUUGUAAAUGACGGUAACGACAACCCUAGUUGUGGGUCAUCGUACAUCAUCCCACAAGGGAGGGGCAAUACCAUCGCCUGCCAUACCCUGCUAAAGGGUCGUUAUGUCAACAUCUGGAUCCAAGGACCCGAUAAAGUGUUGACCUUGUGUGAAGUAGAAGUGUAUCCGUUCAUAGAAGCGGACCACAUUGGAAAACUCUACUCAAAUCUCCUAAGCCACGCCCUUGCCCGUAACAUUACUACCACACUAGACAGCGGACUGCCUUUGUGGUCAUGCGCAAUGCAGUGCAAUACCUAUCCUGGCUGCGUCUAUUUCUACUAUGACGUCACGACAGGGAUAUGUCAGCUCAGCGAUGUGACGGCUGACCACGCGGGGGGUCUCGCGUCUGGUUGUUCCUUUGCAUAUUACGAGAGAGUAGAGUUUAAAUCCAUCGAGGAAUUCUAAGAUAGUCAAGAAUUACGAGAGAUGGGAGUUCCAAGCCAACUGGAAACUCGAAGGUAAUCAGGCACCGCAAGAGAGUAGAGUUCCUAGCCACAUUGAGGCAUUGAGGAACUCUAAGAUAAUUUGGGGGUGGAGAGGGGGUGGGGGGGAGGAGGGACUCCGAUAAAAACAGACGGAGAUGAUCCUUUGGGUGUGGUCAACAGAAAUUCUUACCCCUAGAGAUAGCUUAUCGGGUGUGGUAGAAGGAGUUUUUAAGCCUAAGCAAUAGAACAGAAAUUCUAGCCAUUGAUCAAAUCUUAGAUAAUCAGUUAUAACGAAAAAAGUAGAGUUCCGAAGCCAAAUCGAUGAUGACACAUCCGAAAACGAUUUCAAUAAGCAUUGAACACUUUUGAUGUAAAAACAAAAUUAGUUAAUAUGUGCCACGGACUAGAUUUCUUGCAAAUCAACAUGCCCAUAUUAUAGUAUGGCGUAGUAGAAAUUAAUACAAUGUGAAGUAUUAGCAAGAAGCCUGAACUAGUGUAACGGUUGAUCAAUCAUGGCAAAUAUGGCAAUAUUUGUGUUUUUUAUUCUGAUAUCGAUUUUUACCUAUGUAUAGAUGAGUGCAUGGCAUCCAUAAAUACACAUAAGAUUUACCACA